AUGGGACAUGCUCGGUGAGCAAAGCAUUAACAAAAGUAAUCAGAAGAUAUCUUUGUAACAUCUUUGAAUUUCACAAAGAAAAGGAAAAGAGAGAGAGAGAGAUUCGGUAAAAAUGCAGUCGAUGAAAGAAACAGCUUCGAAUAUUGCAGCUUCUGCAAAAUCUGGCAUGGACAAAACCAAAGCUACCUUGGAGGAAAAGGCUGAGAAGAUGAAGACACGAGACCCUGUUCAGAAACAGAUGGCUACACAGGUUAAAGAAGAUAAGAUCAAUCAAGCCGAGAUGCAGAAGAGAGAAACGCGUGAGUACAACGCGGCCAUGAAAGAAGCGGCUGGAGCUGGAACCGGUUUAGGUUUGGGGACGGCCACUCACUCGACCACUGGACAAGUCGGACACGGCACUGGGACACACCAGAUGUCGGCUUUACCUGGUCACGGAACAGGACAACUGACAGACCGGGUUGUGGAGGGUACAGCUGUGACCGACCCGAUCGGAAGGAACACUGGAACUGGUCGGACAACCGCUCAUAAUACCCUCGUUGGUGGUGGUGGUACCACCGGGUACGGUGGUCCUCUUUUUCGUCAAAUUCUUGAAAAGGAUGAGGAUGAUGAGGGAGCUGAGAUGGCUAUGAUUGAUUUGCAUGCUUCUCAGUAUUUUGUUAACAUGGAGUAUAACGUCUUCCCACCUCCACUGGGAUCUCAUGAUAUCCACCCUGAUAUUGAUGAUCCAACAAGAAUCGCGACUUUGAAGUCAAGAUCACAAACUCCUGAUACAGAACCUAUCAGUUUCCCAUUACUUCCUGAUCAAGGGAUCACUCGCAAGGAGCUUGAUAUUAUUAAGCUCACAGCUCAGUUUGUCGCUGUUUUUGGGAUGUGUUUUGGGCAGGAUUUGAUGGAGAGUGUGUUUAUGAAACCUGAGCUUGAGCCUCUGUUUCGGUUUAUACUAUCAACUGAUAGCAGGCACGAUUUUUACUCUCAGCUUACUCUUGGAUAUGCGAGAGUGUUAUUGUGUAUCGAAAAACUGAAGGAGAAGGGUGCUAGUACAGAGACCGUUCUUGAGGGUUAUUUCAAUCUUCUUGGUAGAGUACUUGAGAGGGAGAUUGAGGAGGGAGCGAAUCCACCACCACAAAUGGAACCUCUAACUGAGGAACCAGAGCCAACGAAACAAAAUUUGGACGAGCCAACUCUUGUUCCAGAAGAGCAGUUUCUUGCUCAACAUCCGGGUUCCUCUACGAUCAUGGUUUCUGUUCCAAACUUCAAUGAUGGGAAAGUCAUCGAGAUCACAGUGCAGUCGCUAUCAGGAAACGUGGCUAGUUUGAAGGAGAAAGUAGCAAACAAACUGAAGAUAAGGGGAAAAGCCGGGCUUUUAAAGGAGGACAAGUCACUUGCACAUUACAAUGUUGGAGCAGGAGACAUCUUAACUCUAUCUUUGUAAAAAGGAGAUUCAAACAAAUUUUGUUUGGCAAAAACUAACCAAAAGAAAAGAUAAAUAAAUUGACUCAGCUUUU